AUGCCUCCCAAGGGAUCUAAGAAGACCGUGGUUCCUGCCACUCCCAAGGCUGAGUCUGAUGAGGAGGUUCCUCCCACCCCCGUCACUGAGACCAAGAAGACACCCAGAAAGAGAGCUCCCGCCAAACAGUUCACCCAGCUCUCCAGUACUCUUGGUGCCGGCCCCGUUGAUGUCAGCUACGAGAACGAAACCAUCCAUGGCAAGGCUCUGGCCAAGGGCGCCGGUUUUGGUCAGAACAUCAAGCUCGUUGCUCCUCAGCAAUUCGAGCUUGUCGGCUCGUUCAUGCUUGAGAAUGGUCUCCAGGCCGUGAUCAUCAAACCUAGCCCACCCUUCCCAUUCUUGAAGCUCCCUCGCAUCGUCCGUACCAAGAUCUUCCAGAUGAUCUUGGACCCUACAACCAACAAGGGCAAGAUCGAGAUCACUACUGAGGGCAAGAGUGGCGGAGCCAAGGCCAAGGAUUACGCCAAGGAGUUCAAGCACAGAACUGCCAUCGCUACCCUCAACAAGCAGCUUGCCAGUGGGGCCCGUAUGAUCCUGUACGGUUACAGACUGCGCUUCGACAACACUACCACUCUCCUCAACUUUCUCAGCAUGAUCGGAGACGAGGCCCGCAAGGCAAUGGUUACUAUCACCAUCACCAGCUACGUCAAGGCUACUGCUAUGCCCUGUAUGAACUUGCUUGCAGAGUGUCGCAACCUUACCAAGAUCAACAUCCUCAACGGUGUUGGCGCCAACUCCACUCCCCAAAAGACUGCUAAGUCCUUCUUCACCGAGGCCAACCGCCUUCUCCAGACUCUCGUCAAUACCGCUGGCGGCAACAAGGAUGCCGCGUUCAGCAUCAUCAUCUUUGGUAAGGGUUGCCUGACCACCAAGGAGGAAGAUGAGAUCGUUGCCUGGGAUGAUGAUGAGUCGGAUGACUUCGUCAAGCAGAUCACCGACAAGCUCAAGUAA